AUGCAUACUUUUCUUGUGCCCCAAGAAAGCCAUCAACCUUUGUUUGACACUCUGUUCUUCUUUGGUCUCCUAAUGAAUUUCGCAGCUUCGCCGAUGAAUGCUUCUAGAACUGGCUUUGCAUCAACCAAGUUUGCUUAUGGAACUGGCUAUGUCGACCUGAUAUCUGCUACGAAUCCUGGACUCGUAUAUGACUCGACUAAAGCAGACUACAUAGCCUUCCUCUGCGGCAUGAAGUAUAAUGAAACUACCGUGAAACUCAUAUCCGGUGAAGCCGUCACUUGCACUAGAAAAAAAACAUUACCGAGAAACCUUUACUAUCAUUCAAUGUCGGCGAAAUUGUCGGGAUUUAAAAGCUUCUUUAACGUGACUUUCCACAGAAACAUCACCAACAUGGGUAAACCAAACUCCAAAUACAAAUCAAUAGUUGUCUUAAAUCACGGAUCUAAGCUCCACGUCAAGGUCUCGCCUAGAGUCUUGCUUUUUCAGACGGUGAACCAGAAAAAAACUUUCACGGUAACUGUUACAGGCAGCCAUCUCGACUCAAAACUGCUUUCUUCUGCAAAUCUAAUAUAGUCUGAUGGCACUCAUAAUGUGAGAAGCCUCAUUGUUGUUUAUAAAAGUAAGUGA